GGCACACACAUGCACGGGGCGUCUCCACACACAUCGGCACAUUUUCGCGGCGCUUCGCAGUCUUGUCCUCCGCAGCUGGCGGCGGCGGAGUACUAGCCCACGUCCGUUCGUGGCGGCGGCGGCGGAUAGCGCCGGUCCUCGCGCAUAAGCAGCAACGACGGCGGCCCCGCGGCGCCUUCCCAUCUCCUCUUCGAUCGCCGCGCGGGCCUUCCUGGGCGCCUACUAUUGCCAUGCCUUCCGCUCCUCCUAGGCGGCGCCGACUUCCCCGUCACCGACCUCACCUUCACCCCGGCCGCCGCCGCCACCUCCUCGCCAACCCUCGCGGCAGCGUGGCCUACCUCACUGCACCUCUUCUCUGGCGACCUGCUCAAGCCGCUCCGCCUGAUCUCUAUUGUGGGCGACCUCACCUUCUCCCCUCCUCCAGCUGCGACGGCAGCGGUGGCAUGCAGACGCCCGGCGUGUGCGGGCCUGGAGUGCGGCCAAAGAAUGGACACGCAGGCACGAGCAGAGAGCGGAGAGACACGUGUGGUUCUUUUCCCGUGAGUCUCAACAUCGCAGGUGAGCUUCCCGACCCCUUCCAUUACCAUCCUCCUCCUCUCCUCACAUGUCCGCAAGGAGAGCAUGUGUGCCCCCAUCUCAACUCGAAUUUCUUCUCAAUAAAUGGAGCCCCUUUUCAACUCAAAUACACCGGAUCGAAGUCAGCUCAGCACAAAUCAGCACCCUCGAAUUGAGCUUUCUGCUUCAUCUUUUCUACUCCUGUGGGUCGAGUGCGUAUUCCAACUCUGUUUUUCUCCAAAUUAUUUUUUUGCUCAGGUCCAAUCAAAUGCAAGGUGAGCUUGCUCCUUCCCAGCACUACUGUUUUGUCUUUCACCAGUUGGUUCGAUCUGAAAAAUGAUAUGUACACUAUCAUAUGCUUACAAAAUUAGCACUUAUGUAUAUACAAAAAUCUAUGUCUGUUCUUUCUGUGUGGAACCUUUAAGUACCACCACAAAUCCAAGUCCUUAUGGCUGUUAUCUCAUAGUUAAUUACUUACCAACCUGAUGCUCUUGGAUCAAGAAGAGAUUCAUGUUUCCUGUUACCUGAAAGUUCUUUCCCUAAUUUUUAAUUUUCCCUUCCAGGUUGAAGGUGCACCGAUGGUAAUGUAAGUCUGUGCUAAUUUCCCGCUGAUAGUGCUAGGUAGGUCCAUUCUUUCAGUGUGCAACUUCAAGCUAAUCAAUAAUUAUUAGCUCCCACAUAGUUUGCCUUGCAAACUUAAACCUACAAAUACAAUCUAGUUCUUUGCAUGCUAUAUGUGCCCUUUCAUACUGUCAACUUCUCACAGGAGACGAUUAGUUAAGUUUGCCACACCCAACUUGGAUUUCACCGUACCUUCUCUUAUUUUUAGAUUGUGCAAAUGUGUUAGAAUUUAGUUACAGUUUUAAGGUGGAGCAAUGCAUUACCACAUGUUAUUUAAACAAACAGAAGGUAGGACAUCAUCUACUUUCAAAUACAUCCACUGUGAUAUCCACAUAUCCAAUUUACUCAUUGAUCAAUACAAGGCCUUACAUUCAUAUGUAGUUCUGUUUGAAUCCAUACAUCAUUGAUUUCAUCAACUUAUUCACAUACCUGACAUAACCUGGUUGUCAUGUGCCAAAGUUUGUUAAUUCCCCCUUUCAACUUCCAGGUUGAAGUCAAGAAUUGAUUCUCAACAUAGUAAUAAUUCUGUUUCUCUCUUUGUCAAGAAUUGAUUCUCAACAUAGUAAUAAUUCUGUUUCUCUCUUUACAUUCUGAGUAUUUGAAACUGUUGCUUUGCGUACUUUGUCCUGUAUUUAUAUUUCUUUGUAAUUUUUACAAGGGGUGAUCUCUUAAGAUACCAUUCCUUUCUGCAGGAAACCCAUUUCUCUUUGCUACAGUGGGAACUGAGAAACUUCAUGGACAUAUUGAUAAGAUGAGGAAUAAACUUAAGUCAGUAUUUAUGUGCAUGAACUGUUUACAUCAUUAACCUAAUUGAUCACACUCAGUUUAACGAUUCAUUAUGUGAAAUAGGUAUGGGAUUGACAAGGUCACUGCAGAGCAGCAACCUUGUCAAUGUCAAUGCAGUUAACUUUGUAUAUAUGUUCUGAAGAAAAAUAAUGGCAAAGACAGAAGCAUAACUAGAUCUAAAAACUUUAUUGUUCUCCAUUUAUUCUUACUAUUAUUAUGUUUGAUUUACACAAUGUUGAAUGGAAUUUACAACAACUCUUGUGAGUUUUGAUUCUCAGUUGAAACUUGAAAGUUGCUUAACGAGCUGCAUGAUUGUUUACCUGAAUCUAUUUUGUUCAGUACAUAGUGCACAAAAAUAUACCUACAUAUAUAGAUAUGCAUACAAAUUAGAAAAUAGUACCUACAGAUCCAGUUUGGAAUCAGAUAUCCUUAUUUAUUGGUUCUAGGUUUUCUGUUAGUGAACAUAGCUCUGAUGUAUUGCAAUAGGUUUCGUCUAAAGAAUUAAAGUGACUUAUUUGUGGAUAAUAUGCAGCUGAAGAUCUCGCAAAAUAAAUUUCCAUGUACAGCAGUAGUGGUUGAAAUAAAAAAAUUCAGGUUCACGUGUAUUACACGGGUACACUCCUUGACAGAACAAAGUUUGAUUCAAGCUGUGAUCAUGGAGAUCCCUUCAAGUUCAAGCUGGGACAAGUUAUGUCCAGGUCAAACAAUAAAGGGCUACGACCAAGGCAUGAAGACUAUGAGGAAAGGAGAAAAUGCUACUUCUACCAUUCCUCCAGAAAUGGCUUAUGAAGAAUCUGGUUCGCCUCCAAAGAUUCCACCGAAUGCAACCUUGCAGUUUGAUUUGAGCUACUUUCAUGGACCAUUGUCAAAGAUAAUUGCAAAGAUGGUGGCAUAUUUAAGAAGAUACUUAAGGAUGGACAGAAAUGGGAGAACCCAAAGGAUCCUGAUGAAAUACUUGGUAACAACCAUCGAUUGGUAUGUGAGAUACCAUGUCAAGGAGUUUGAGAGAUGUUUCUAGAUGAGAUUUCCAGCUAGCUCAGUUGCUGAAAGAAAAAAGACGACUCAUCUAUGACUAUUUCAGAUGUGCAAGGAGUGGUAUGUCACAUUCUAUCAUAGUAACAUAUUGCUCAUUGUAUUUAAAGCCAGAUUGCUAAGAGUUCUAGACUUUUUUUAUGUAAAUGAAGGGAAUUAAUCGCACGAUUUUAGAUGGCCGACGGUAAUAACUACAAAUUUCAUUCCAGCAACUGAAACUUUUUCAAUUAAAUAUUUCCAUGUAUAAUUUUACUAACUUCAAAAGAAGAAAUAUAGUUACUUCUGAACAUUA